GAGGGAGGUAGAGAGCCCCCACCCGCCACUGCCCUCGCAGCACGCCACCAUGGAUGACGCCCCGCUGCCAGCGCCCCCGGUCCCUGCCCCGGCCCCGGCUCCGCCCGCUGUUGCCCCCCGCGUCCCGUUUCACUGCAGUGAGUGUGGCAAGAGCUUCCGCUACCGCUCGGACCUGCGGCGCCACUUCGCUCGGCACACUGCGCUCAAACCUCACGCGUGUCCGCGCUGCGGCAAAGGCUUCAAGCACAGCUUCAACCUGGCCAACCACCUGCGCUCGCACACCGGCGAGCGGCCCUACCGCUGCUCCGCCUGCCCCAAGGGGUUCCGAGACUCCACCGGCCUGCUGCACCACCAGGUCGUCCACACUGGCGAGAAGCCCUACUGCUGCCUAGUCUGCGAGCUCCGCUUCUCCUCGCGCUCCAGCCUGGGCCGCCACCUCAAGCGCCAGCACCGUGGGGUGCUCCCGUCCCCCCUGCAGCCCGGCCCAGGCCUGCCCGCCCUGAGCGCUCCCUGCUCGGUCUGCUGCAACGUGGGGCCCUGCUCGGUGUGCGGGGGCGCGGGGGCUGGCGGCGGAGAGGGCCCAGAGGGCGCAGGCGCGGGCCCGGGGAGCUGGGGGCUGGCGGAGGCGGCGGCCGCGGCGGCGGCCUCACUGCCCCCGUUCGCGUGCGGUGCUUGCGCACGGCGCUUCGACCAGGGCCGCGAGCUGGCAGCCCACUGGGCUGCGCACACCGACGUGAAGCCCUUCAAGUGUCCGCGCUGUGAGCGCGACUUCAACGCCCCCGCGCUGCUGGAGAGGCACAAGCUGACCCACGACCUGCAGGGGCCGGGCGCGCCCCCCGCGCAGGCCUGGGUCUCCGGGGCUGGCGCCGUGCCCGAGACGGCCGGCGAGGGCGGCGCUGCGGAGGCGGGCGAGGCUCAGCCGGCCUGGGACCGCAGGCUGCUCCUGGGCCGCGCCGGGGGCGGCGUGCCCGAGCUGGGGGGCCUGCUCCCCGAGGGCGGCGGGGAGGCCCCCGCGCCCGCGGCCGCGGCCGAGCCGUCGGAAGACACCCUCUACCAGUGCGACUGCGGGACCUUCUUCGCGUCGGCGGCGGCGCUGGCCAGCCACCUGGAGGCGCACUCGCGCCCCGCGACCUACGGCUGCGGCCACUGCGGGGCCCUCUACGCCGCCCUGGCGGCCCUGGAGGAGCACCGGCGCGCCAGCCACGGCGAGGGCGGCGCUGCGGAGGAGGCGGCGGCGCCCGCCCCGGAGAGGGAGCCCGCGUCAGGGGAGCCUGCGUCCGGCUCGGGCCGCGGCAAGAAGAUCUUCGGCUGCUCCGAGUGCGAGAAGCUGUUCCGCUCGCCGCGGGACCUGGAGCGGCACGUGCUGGUGCACACGGGCGAGAAGCCGUUCCCGUGCCUGGAGUGCGGCAAGUUCUUCCGCCACGAGUGCUACCUCAAGCGCCACCGGCUGCUGCACGGCACCGAGCGGCCCUUCCCCUGCCACAUCUGCGGCAAGGGCUUCAUCACGCUCAGCAACCUCUCCAGGCACCUGAAGCUGCACCGGGGCAUGGACUGACGUGGCCAGGCCGCGCGCCCCUCCGCUAGACCACCCCUCCCAAGGGCUGGACUCAGGGCCCGGGCCAAGGGACCUAGGGACCACGAGGGAGGCCCCGGCCCUCCAGACCCAGACACGGGCCCCGAGAUGAGGGGACCCUGGCUGGAGACAUGGAGCCACCAAACACACGGGCCCCUGAGCUGGGGGGCAGCGAAUAAACGGAGGGAUUCCUCAGCUCGAGGGUCCCAGAUCUAUGGAGAGAUUCCUAAGCUCCAGGCCCCUGGAAUACGUGCUGAGCACCCCCACAUCAAUAGGCGCCUAAGCUGCGGGACCUAGGAAUGAGAAAUGGGUCUCCACAAGUAUUUCUCAUCUUGAGGGCCCAAAUAAUAAGAGAUGGGCACCCCUGCCCCAAGGGAAGACUGCCCCUCUCCCUAAGAGCCAUCAUUCCGACGACCUUGAUCCGGAGAAUGGGGGGCGAACCAUGUCCCCGGAUUUCCCUGGAUCCCCUCCAGAUGCUACCCACCAGAGUCACUGG